AUGAUCCUGCAGCUAUGGCUCGUGGCCGUACUAUUCCUAUUUGGAUCUGAUAAUGUUUUUGGAGUUGAGAGUCGACUGUUACACUCUAGGUUCCUGUCAACAGCUGCUACUCGCCAGGAUUUGACAUCUAUACGUAAUUUAUCUGAUUUACAAACCAACUUGUCUCUAAACUCAUCGACAUCCAUACUUGAUCCAUUGCUGAUUGAACGUGUAGCUGGGUCAGAGGGCAACCUGAAGGUGCAAUCAUAUAUCAAGACGUAUAUAAAGCAGCUUGGAGGGUGGACUAUAGAGGAAGACUCGUUCAAGGACACAACGCCAUAUGGAGUAAAGCCAUUCAACAAUAUAAUCGCCACGUUUGAUCCUAGUGCUGAGAGGAAACUAGUCGUCGCGGCACACUUUGACUCUAAAUACUUUGAAAAAGGAUUGUUUAUUGGUGCUACGGACUCGGCUGUGCCGUGUGCGAUACUGCUAGAUGUCGCUAAAGCUCUGACGCCUCUGCUGCAACGACAAUUGGACUUGACGCAACAUGGGAUACCCAAUAAUAUACAGGAUACCGUAAAUGACUUCGCAUUGGGUACAUCAACGACACUGCAGCUCAUCUUCUUUGAUGGUGAAGAAGCAUUUAAAGAGUGGUCUGCCACGGAUUCCUUGUAUGGAGCACGCCACCUCGCUAAAAAGUGGGAUGAAUCACAUAAACUAGGCUCGAUAUCGUUAUUUGUAUUGUUGGACUUGUUGGGUGCUCCUGCUCCGUCGCUUGUAAAUAUGAAUCAGAACACGGAAUACGCUUGGAAUCGUCUAGCUGACAUCAACUCCAGGCUCACAUUGUUGAAUGUAUUGGCUGGCACACAUCGAUACUUUAAUCCCGGAUCUAAUUCUCAGUAUUAUGGUGGUGUAGAGGAUGAUCAUAAACCCUUCCAGGAACGAGGAGUACCUGUAGUCCAUGUCAUUCCAGUCCCCUUCCCAAAUGUAUGGCACACGCUUCGAGAUGAUGCUACUGCCUUGGAUAUGUAUGUAGUGCGAGACUUGGCUUUGAUAUUCAGGAUCUUUGUAUACGAGUAUUUGGGGUUGGCAAUACAAUAA